UAACACGUCAAACAAAUCCACAGAGACAACAGUGUUAUAAAUACACAGACCCUAACGUUGGUACAUUUCCAAAAAUAACAAACUCUUAACCUUUAAUCUUGUCUCCUCUCUCAAUUUCAGUCCUCAAUUCCUCAUCCGGCAACUCCAUCAAUGGCACCAGAACAAAGCACGAUCCUCCCAGAACACCAACAACAAUCCAACGAUCACAUCUUGAACGCUCGAGUUCGGCUCGCAACCGAAUCAGACGUUCCCUUCAUUAACAAACCCAUCCACAAAAUGGCCGAGUACUACAAUCUCGCUCACGAAUGUCAAGCUACCGAAACUUCUCUCUUCGCAGCCCUCUUCAACAACUCCAAACAGCAGCCUCCUCUUUCCAAUCCUUUUAGUAGUACUGUCAGUGUAUUCCUCAUUGAAGUCUCCCCUACUACUCUCCCAAUUCCUCCCCACCAGAAUAAUUGCCGUGCUAUUGAUCUCGCAGGUCACGAGUUCGAUCCCGAAACUAUUCACAAGACCAUACACGUUAAUCACCACAUCAAUGACCCCAAGGAGUCCCUUUUUCGUACCGAAAAGGGGACUAUAAUUGCGGGUUUUGUGAUCUUCUUCCCGAGCUACUCGACGUUUCUUACGAAACCCGGGAUUCAUAUGGAGGAUUUGUUCGUAAGGAAAGGGUAUCGUGGUAUGGGUUUUGGGAAGCUAUUGAUGAAGGCGGUUGCGAACUUAACCGUGAGAUUGGGGUAUGCGAGAAUGGAGUGGACUGACAUUACUUGGAAUGUGGAUUCUCAUAGGUUUUAUGAGAAGUUAGGAGCUCAUAUUUUGAAAGAUUGGCGUAUUUUUCGACUUGAUGAUGAUUCCCUCCUAUCUUAUGGUCAGCUUAGUGAUUGAAAGUUACGAAAUGGGACAAUAAAAUAAAAGAAAUAUCACCUUUUAUGAGACGGAGAGAAUAGUAUUUAAUGGAUUGAUAAAAAACACAUAUUUCGUGCGCUAUAAUAAAGUACUAUGAAAUAAAGUAUGAAAUAAAGUCUUUAUUUGAGGUCUAUUACUGUAGUAGUAUGAAAAAGUCUAUAUUUGAGGGCAUUGAGCUAGUGUUUUCUUUUAAUUGUUGUUGUAUCGACAUAAUAUGAAAUAUAGUGUAAUUUUUGUAUUUGA